CUGAGUUAUAAAGUCACAAUUCUGAGUUAUAAAGUCACAAUUUUGAGAUAUAAAGUCACAAUUCUGAGAUAUAAAGUCACAAUUCUGACUUUAUAUCAUAGAAUUCUGACUUUUUUGCCACUAGAUGGCAGCACCUGACCACAGAACCUGAACCAUGCAACGUGAUGAAUCUGUUACCGCGCUCUUUCUGCACACUUUCACCAUCAACAGACCUGUGAACAUCUCACGUCAACAAGAAUGGAAGACCUUCUUUGUUUUCUGAGGGAGAGGAAUAUCCCAGAGUCUACUAUACAGAGAAUGCAGGAGGACAAGAUUGAUCCAAGCGUCCUUCUGCUAAUGAAUGAUGACCAGAUGAAAAGCUAUUUGCCUUCCUAUGGAGACAGGCUAGCAGUGAUGGGAUAUUGUAGGAGGCAAGAAAGCGAACCCACUACUAGGAAGUCCAAGCUGUUCGAUCGCCUAAAAUCAAAAUUAAACAAAAGACAAAAAACAAAUAAUUCCGAAACAGAUCAGCAAACAACAAGAAAGAGGAAUGUUCCACCAACAAGAAAAGUGGAGAUUGGGUGGAUGCUCCACAACGGGGAAGGCUUUGUUCAAAUGAGAACCAAAAAAGGAGGUGGAACAAGGAAGUUGACUGUGCCAAGAGACUGGAAAAAACGAGAACUGACUGAGGAGGCAAUUCGUUUAUUUUUCCCAAAUGGAAAAAAUUCUCACGGCAGCAUUUCUGAAUUUGAAGUGGAUCUAAUGAAUUAUCAGGAAAUGUCAUUAGAUGACAACAGUACAGUAGGGGAAAUGUAUGAUGCAUCAAAACUCACAAUGAUGAGGUUCUACCUCACAACAACAAAAAUGAGGAGGGAAGCUGUUGUGGAAAUAUCAGAUUCAGACACAGUGGAGGAUGUAAAUGAUCAGGACCAGAGUCUCCCCUCUUCUUCUACUCUAAUAUUUCAGUCUUCAGAUGCCGUGGAUGUUAUUUUUGUGGAAAGUACUGGUUUAAACAGUGAUGAUGUGCCCCGCCUACAUUCCGGAGAGGAUCUAAAUGUUGCAUAUGAUGAUCUCAACGUUUCUUUACACAGUUCCACAACAGCUUUGCUAGAUGCAAGUGAUGAAGUGACAAUAUUCACUGGAGAAAUCACUGAGAUAGAUCAACAAAAUUUAGAAGACACUUUGCCUCUGAGCCCAGAAGCAUCAAUCCCACACAAAAAAAUUCUUGUGAUUCGACGGGGACAGAUAUUUUCUGAACUUAUUUCACACUUCUUUGAUGAAAGCUUUCCACACACACAGAGUGAAAUUGAAAUCAGGCUGCUUCUCCCAAAUGGGCAGUAUGAGAUGGGUCAUGACAUUGGUGGAGUUUUCAGAGAUUGCCUUUCAGAAUUCUGGCAUGAAUUUUAUGAACAGUGCACACUAGGCAACAGCUUUAAAGUACCCUUUCUUCGGCAUGAUUUUGGCCAGGAAAAGUGGGAGAGCAUUGGCCGAAUCAUAUACUUUGGCUGGAAGAAGGAAAAGUAUCUCCCAAUAAAACUUGCACCAGUAAUUAUGGAGCAAGCAAUACAGGGAUCUGUAAGAAGCGAUCUGAUUGUCAACUUUUUAAAGUACGUCUCAGAAAAUGAAUGUGCUGUUUUAGAAACCUGCAGAACAGACUUCUACAGUGUAGACCAGGAGGAAUUACUGGACGUCUUGGACAGCUACAGUUGCCGGACAGUUCCCACGGCAGAAAACAUUGAGCAAGUUUUGCAAGAACUGGCACACAAGAAACUAAUUCAAGAGCCUGCCUAUGUUCUUGAACAAUGGGCAAGCAUACUUAAGCCUUUGAGCAAGGAAUUUGAUGAAAUUGAAGCUGCAUAUGGGGAACUACAGCCAACUGUGAAAAAAAUUGUGAGAUCCCUGAAAUUCCCUGAAACAAUGAAUCCGUACCAAAAAGAAAUUUCAAAGCAUUUGACAAGAUACCUGCGGGAGUGUGACACAAAGAAACAGUCUUUGUUCCUGAGAUUCUGUACAGGCUCCGAUCUCUUUAUCGGCAAAACUAUAACUAUUGACUUCACAGACCUUAAAGGCUUUGAGAGAAGACCUGUGGCACAUACAUGUGGCUGUUUUUUGAUGCUUUCAGUGCACUAUGACAGCUAUCCUGAUUUUAGGUCAGAAAUGAACAAAAUUCUUGAGAGCAAUGUCUGGGUCAUGGACAUCAUUUAG